UUGUGUUGAGGGUUCACCUCGGCGACCGAGAUCAAGUUGCUGUGGAGUGUGGACUGUUGUUGCAGCUUGCAGCACUGUUAGCUGCUACCCUAAUAGUUCUUUUCACUAGAUGAGGUAUGGAAAGUAUGCCGAAUGUGGUGUUGUCACGCGAAUCUUUAUUGUUCUACCAACAGUAUAAAAUGAAAGCAAAAUUAAAGACUCCUGAACUUCCAACAACCAAAGCAUUGCAAAAAAGGAAAGCUGAAACAGAAGGGGAAAUCAAAGGUGUAAAAUCUCCCCAAUCUGCUGCUGCAUCACACAAUAAAUUAUCAAUAAAUGUACUGAUGAACACCCCAAGCCACCCCUUACAUAUUGCUGCAGGGGAACUUCACUGUGAACCUACUGGAUCCAAGAAGAAAGGAAGUGCAAAAAUAAAAGAGAAAGAGUUUUCCCUCCUUCAAAAUGUUAGUAAAACUGAAAUAAAUGAGACCGAGAAAGUUUGCAAGAAAUGGGAUACCAGACUUAGAUCAAAACCAGAUUCAAAAAAACAGUCAGCAGACAACAUAGAGGAACCGGUAAUGACACCAGAAUGUUUAGGUUCACGGAUAACAAAUCCAUCACUGCAAAACCCUAAACGACAGAGAAUUGCUUCAAAUGUACAAAGCUUUGCUACAAACAUGGAAUCUGUCAUUGGGGCUUCCGCCAAAAACUUGAGCAAAAAUGAAAAAUCGAAUCAAACCAUGGAGGAGAAUCUUGAUGGAAAGACCGUAUUUGAAUCUCCUGCUAAACAACUGGCUAGGAAACCUACAGCGACCAUAGGUACCAAAACACGUGGAAGGAAACGAUCGGAAAAAAAUUUGACGAUUUCAACAAACAAUUGCACCGAGCUAGAUAAAUUCUCGUCUAUUGAUGGUGUGAAAUCUGCCAAAAGCGGCCGAGCAAAAAAAAAACGAGGAGUUCCAGCAGGUAGUGAUGACGGUGGAACAGAACUAUCAAUGUCUUUACCUAAACGUCUAAUGUCUACUAAGCAGGGUUUAGAGAUAAACGCGAGGGCAUUAGGGCCAAUAAUGUCAGGGUUUAACUAUGAAUCAUUCUCAGACAAGAAGGCUGACACCCAUACAACGGAAAGUGAAGAUGACACUUGUUCCUCCUAUACUGAUAUAGAAGAGGACGUAAUUUUCUCUAAAAGUGGAAAUACUCUCAAGAACAGAAGCCGGGCAAGUUCCAUUUCCCCUAAUAUCUUCGAAACGUCAAAACAGAAAGAUAAAGCUUCGGAGUCUUCGCUUUCCCCAGAAUUUGAUCAAAGGCAAAAAUUGUCGAAAUCCCUGCUAGGUUUUGUACUCCCCUCACCCAGGAAACAACUCUCCCUCUCCGACAACUCUUUAGCGGCUGAUCGCGAUCUGAGCACUAAAAAAACCGAUGAGCAAAAAAAUACUAAAGAAAAGCCAUUGAAGUCGGCUCGGAACAAAAGUUUAUUGAAAAAUUCGUCCUUUUUCAAAUCCGAGGCAUCCUGUAUUUCUGCAAAUGCCAGCACACUCAAAGAAGGUAUAAAUAGGAAACUAGUAGCGAAUGCAGAAUUCACGCUUGUGACAACACAUCUUUUAGCGAAUGGUUAUAGCCGUAGUGAUUUCAUAAAACAAGGAACCGGAAGCACUGCGUUAAAGAGAAAAAGAUCUGUUGGUUUUACAGAGACGUAUUCGCCAAAUAUACAACUCCCAUCUUCCCUGACUGCAUCGCCAUACCAUAAAUCACCGGUAGACGCGGAUAAGGAUUUGGAUGCAGUACAGGAAGAAAGUCCAACUCAACGCUCCAAAAUGCCCUAUGCUGAAGAAAGUGUGCUUGAGUUGACCAACUGCAGGUUUACACCUAGUUCUAUAUCAGAUCUAUGCACCGCAGUUCCCAUGCGUACCCGACAUCCAACUACAUUUAACCUUUACAUGGCUACCAGUAGUUACCCUGUACGAGCACGACAACUUAACUCAACGGAAGAUUUCGUGGUUUCGUGGCUUUACCUGCAGCCUACAAUUAUUUUCCCCCUGCAUACUUCCUUCCGUGCCAUGAUCAUGCGUUUGAAGGGUAGUGUAGAGUUCAGAAGCGAUCCUUGUGUUCCAAGUUGCACGUUGCUGAACUCAGUAGCCAAAUUAGUGGAACUUGAGGCCGGUCGUACUUUUCACAUUACCAAUACAGGAAAAGAAGUUGCAUUGAUCCAGAUGACUGAAAUUUUGCGAUAAUCAGUGAUGAUUGCCAGCCUCAUGCAUUAUUUUCAAACGUUUUUAACCCAGAAUUAAUUUAAUUUGCCUUAUUGAUGUUUUCCAAUCGAAAAUUCCUUACAGCAUUUUUUAACUAUUUUAACACAGAUGGCGUGUACUCAGAAGUAAACUAAGUCCUGUCGACUGCUAUACUUAAA